GUGGCAGAAGAGGCCCUCCUUAACUUUCUCAUCUCUCUUUCUUUCACGGGAGUGCGCCAUCGUUGGCGUAUCGUAUUUUCGUUGUGUAAAGGAAAAUCUAUAAACAUCCAAGAUGGUGAACUUUACUGUAGACGAAAUUCGUACCAUGAUGGACAAAAAAAGGAACAUUCGUAACAUGUCCGUCAUUGCUCAUGUAGACCAUGGAAAAUCUACUUUAACAGACUCCCUUGUAUCAAAGGCCGGUAUUAUUGCCGGUGCUAAAGCUGGAGAGACCCGUUUUACUGACACUAGACCGGAUGAACAAGAACGUUGUAUUACCAUCAAAUCGACUGCCAUAUCUAUGUUCUUUGAGUUAGAAGAUAAAGAUCUUGUAUUCAUUGUCAGCCCAGACCAACGUGAAAAAGAUGAAAAGGGUUUCUUAAUUAAUUUGAUUGAUUCUCCUGGACACGUAGAUUUUUCUUCUGAAGUAACUGCUGCUCUUCGUGUAACUGAUGGUGCUCUAGUAGUAGUAGAUUGUGUUUCCGGUGUAUGUGUACAAACUGAAACUGUACUUAGACAAGCCAUUGCAGAACGUAUCAAGCCAAUUUUGUUCAUGAACAAAAUGGACCGCGCUUUAUUGGAAUUGCAACUAGAAGCUGAAGAACUUUUCCAGACUUUCCAACGUAUUGUUGAGAAUGUUAACGUCAUUAUUGCCACUUACAGCGAUGAUAGUGGCCCCAUGGGUGAAGUCCAGGUUGAUCCCAGCAAGGGUUCUGUGGGUUUCGGCUCUGGUCUCCAUGGAUGGGCUUUCACUCUUAAACAAUUCGCUGAGAUGUAUGCUGAAAAAUUCAAGAUCGAUGUAGUCAAGCUAAUGAACAGAUUAUGGGGAGAGAGCUUCUUUAAUCCCAAAACCAAGAAGUGGUCCAAGCAAAAGGAUGCUGACAACAAACGUUCCUUCUGCAUGUAUAUCCUUGACCCCAUCUACAAGAUAUUCGAUUCCAUCAUGAAUUACAAGAAAGAGGAAUACGAGGCACUUCUUCCCAAACUCGGCAUCACCCUCAAACAUGAAGACAAAGACAAAGAUGGCAAACAGCUACUGAAAGUGGUGAUGCGUACUUGGCUACCAGCCGGCGAGGCUUUACUGCAAAUGAUAGCCAUUCAUCUCCCAUCCCCUGUCACUGCCCAAAAGUACAGGAUGGAAAUGUUGUAUGAAGGACCCCAUGAUGACGAGGCCGCCUUAGGUAUUAAGAAUUGUGACCCUCACGCACCCCUUAUGAUGUACAUCUCCAAAAUGGUACCCACUUCUGACAAGGGCCGUUUCUACGCUUUUGGCCGUGUAUUCUCUGGCAAAGUAGCCACCGGCAUGAAAGCCCGUAUCAUGGGCCCCAACUACACCCCUGGCAAGAAAGAGGAUUUGUACGAGAAGGCCAUCCAGCGGACAAUCCUCAUGAUGGGUCGUUAUGUGGAAGCUAUUGAAGACGUCCCCUCUGGUAACAUUUGCGGUCUGGUAGGUGUUGACCAGUUCUUGGUGAAGACUGGAACCAUAACAACAUACAAGGACGCCCACAAUCUGAAGGUCAUGAAGUUUAGUGUAUCUCCCGUUGUACGUGUUGCUGUGGAACCCAAGAAUCCUGCCGAUUUGCCGAAGCUGGUAGAAGCACAACCAGAGCCAAAGGACAGUUUGGUUGUGGCAGUUCCUUGCGGAACUGCCACUGCUGAAACGGUGACCCUCUUGGCAGUGCAAUGGAAGAAGAUUUAUAUUUACACAACCCUUAUAAUUUUAAGGAAAGAGGAAUACGAGGCACUUCUUCCCAAACUCGGCAUCACCCUCAAACAUGAAGACAAAGACAAAGAUGGCAAACAGCUACUGAAAGUGGUGAUGCGUACUUGGCUACCAGCCGGCGAGGCUUUACUGCAAAUGAUAGCCAUUCAUCUCCCAUCCCCUGUCACUGCCCAAAAGUACAGGAUGGAAAUGUUGUAUGAAGGACCCCAUGAUGACGAGGCCGCCUUAGGUAUUAAGAAUUGUGACCCUCACGCACCCCUUAUGAUGUACAUCUCCAAAAUGGUACCCACUUCUGACAAGGGCCGUUUCUACGCUUUUGGCCGUGUAUUCUCUGGCAAAGUAGCCACCGGCAUGAAAGCCCGUAUCAUGGGCCCCAACUACACCCCUGGCAAGAAAGAGGAUUUGUACGAGAAGGCCAUCCAGCGGACAAUCCUCAUGAUGGGUCGUUAUGUGGAAGCUAUUGAAGACGUCCCCUCUGGUAACAUUUGUGGUCUGGUAGGUGUUGACCAGUUCUUGGUGAAGACUGGAACCAUAACAACAUACAAGGAUGCCCACAAUCUGAAGGUCAUGAAGUUUAGUGUAUCUCCCGUUGUACGUGUUGCUGUGGAACCCAAGAAUCCUGCCGAUUUGCCGAAGCUGGUAGAAGCACAACCAGAGCCAAAGGACAGUUUGGUUGUGGCAGUUCCUUGCGGAACCGCCACUGCUGAAACAGUGACCCUCUUGGCAGUGCAAUGGAAGAAGAUUGUGUUUUACUUGCAUUUAAACGCUACCACAGGACCUCUUUCUUAA